UCCCAGUGCUCAACGAAUGUGGAGUUGUCGGGGCGCGUGAUCGAUAGUGAAGUAUCGCAAGCUGGUUGUCGGCCUGAUACCCAGUUUCGCGUUUAAUAUUAACUCUGAGCGGACAGAUAAUUUUUCUGCGUAUGACGAUAUGAUUUCGCGCUACCGAGUUCGAAUUGUGUUAGUUUUGCUCUCGACUGUCUCGACGUAAAAAUAUCGCUUCUACUCUAGUGUGCGGAAAUUGGAUAGUGGUAGUACAUUUUAUAGUGUGAAGGUGGUGGGUGUAGUGUGACUUUUUCCGAUUGUCAAGUUUGAAAGUGGUGACUAGUAAAAUUUGCAUACAAUACGAUGCGACGAACUCGGUUAUUGAUUAAGCCAAAGGUUGGGCCCUUGGCGGCAGGGCCAGCGGCAAGGCCUGUGGCGGCUACAACCUCAACGUGUACUCAAAGUGCCCCGUUUGCGGUGGAAAAUGCGACAGCACCUCCUCAAAGUUUGCCUUCAGUUGCUCUAGUAAAACAGUCAUCGGCUGGGACUUCGGAAAAUGGGAUGCAGUCAACUCCAACUACGCCUACAGCACCAGUGGAUCAGGCGGCGAAAUGCGAUAACAUGAGGGUUACGUCCGAAUUAAUGACGCCCAUUAACGCAGAGGAAAAACCAAUCACGCGUAUAAAGCGAGCUGGACCGCGUAUUCCCCCGCCAAAACCCAGCAAACCUCAUACUAAUGCGCCUUUAACACCAAAGAAUACACCAGCGUCAACGCUAACUCUGCCAGAAUCUGUUGUUGAAAAUGUCUUCGCGCCGCAUGUAGAAACCAGUUCAAAGGCGGACACUAACUGCACGAAAGAGAGAGCUGAGGAAGAGCAAAUAGCAGUCAUUGAAACUGUCCACGAUGAUAUCCACGUCGAUAAAGCUAGUCUAUCUAGGGAGGAAAAAAGUGCGCCAAAAUUCGCCGAACCUGCUAAAAAACAGAGAGUGCCGAAGGUCAGCAGAUCGCAUCAGGACCAAAAUGACUCCGACCCCCUAGCAUCACUGCCUUCGCGCCUCGAACGUAAAGCUGCUCGUAAAGCGAACGAGUUCCGUGAAAUGUUGAUCGCCUCACGGCGGAAGUUUGCCAAAGUCAAAGAGCCUGUCGACACUUCAAAAUUAACAAUGCUAGAUCUCAUCUAUUACAAUCCACCGGGCGCGCCAAUGACUCGACAUAAAAACAAGUUAGCAGUGGGCGGCAAGGACAAAGAACUAGGUCGACAAAAUGGGUCUAUUGGAGGCGAUUUGCAGGAGUCACUUGAGCCGGAACUCGAAGAUGAGUCGACGCGAGACUCGGCUCAGGGUUCCGGCGCUGGUGGUGACGUCGGCACACCGCCACAGGUUGAAGCAGGUGAUAAUGAGGAAGAAGAGGUGAUCGGGCCACGAGUAGUCGUCGGUGCUGAUGGCUCAAUUCAGAUAGAUGAAGCAUCACUCGUUAUCAGGCGACCUAACCCAGAGGAACAAAGGCAUAAUCUUAAGGUAACCGUUGAAGAACCGGGCAAGACCAAGUACGACUCGUUCAAAACAAAGAAAACUAAAAAGUGUACAUGGACGACAAGAGAGACGUCAAAAUUUUACCGUGCAUUGUCGAUCUGCGGAACUGAUUUCACGCUAAUGACCCAGUUCUUCCCGACACGUUCCCGUCAAGAUCUUAAGAAUAAAUUCAAGCGUGAGGAGAAGUCGAAUCCGUCCCUUGUUGACAAAGCUAUUCAUCAUCCAACGCAAUUUGAGUAUACGGAGGGCGAACUAGAGGACAUAUCUAAGGACGAAGAAGAUGAACCAGUGAUUAAAAAACCUCGCGAGCCUAGGUCUGCUAAAACAAGGAACGACAAGGUUAAGGAAACUGGAAAAGGCGGUAAAGCAAAAGGAACGAGUAAACGGGGAAAAAAGAAGACCAAGGAAGAACCGCCGGAUAAGAAUGAGGGCAACAAUGACUUGGCCGAAGGUGACCGGUCUGACAGCGACGAAGUAGGCUUUCGUAACGGAAUUAUAGAGGACGCGCUGGCUAGGACUAGACGGAAGCGGGCGAAGGUUGAUUACGCCGAGAUGAAUGAGGGAGCACCGGAUUCAUUCGAUGAUGAAGGGGACCGCGAUCUGGAAGUUGUCGAGGAGGAUACAGCCGCUGACAAUUACGUAAUGCUAGAUGAAGCUGCACUAACCACGCCGUUUACGCAACCGAUACAACAAUCAACAUCACAGAACGCCCAUGCACUAGCGGCAGUUCAACCGUCUGUUCCCUCGACCCAACCAGUAGUUUCUGCAGAGUUGUCUCAAAGCAUUGUUACAACUAUAAGCAAGCCUUCAGAAAGCACGUCCCCUGUUGCAUCUCCAGAUCAAGCACCUUUGCCUGAACCCCCAAUUCUACCGCCAGGCCUCGAACCUGGCCAGCUCGUAUUGUUUGCACCUCGGGACGGUGACAAGGCUCUGCAUUUCUUCGUUGUCAACCCACCAUUGACAAACAACGAAACAUCACCGGUUACUGCAGACUCAACGGUGGUACCCGCCGAAGGACAUGAAAGUGAAGUAGAAAAUCCUUCGUUAUCUAUUGAGCUGGAUCAAAGUGUACAAGCUGUCUCAGGAGAAUCAAAUGCUGGAUCAAGUGCAACGAUGCCGUCUCAGCCAUCUUCCAUGCAAGUGGUAUCUGUCGAAAAGCGUCCUAGCAUACUGCAAGAUCAAGUAUUUUCGGAGAAAUCAUACUCGAAUGAAACAUUCCAUGGCGUACCACCUUCCUUGGCUGAAGAAACGCUGCCUGAAGUCACCUUUAAAUCAGUCAAAAAAGAGGAAAGUCGAACUUCACAAUCCACUGCACAGGGAGACCCAUGCUCAGUUGUCAUAUCCACCGACGAUAUAGAUACAUCUACAAAUCAGUCACACGACGCUACAUCUCCGGCACGAAUCGCGGAACACGUGGCUGAGGAACAUUCAACCGGGGAUCGAGAAAGUGUUCAAAACGCUUCUGAUACGUCUCAUUUCAACAUAACAGCGGCUUCCAGUGCCAAAAAGUCGUUACCCAAAGUUGUCUUUAGAUCACGAGCCAAACGAGGUUCAGUGCCACCUACGACUGCUUCGGAUUCAUCGCCGGCAUCAGGCGAUACACAGGCGACUACCAUGGACGAGUCAUCAACACUGGCAGUUGACACAGCACCCGAACCCAGGGAUGCUUCUGCUUCGACCCAUGAUAGAUCAUUGGUCUCCUCGCUCUCCGAGGACACUCCUUCAAAGGAGGCAUCGAAUCCGAACAUUUCCAACGCAAAUGUGGUAAAAAACAAGAAACCAGCGAUCUUGUCACGCCGAAGAACACCAUUGCUCCGGAAACCUUUAAGUGUAGUGACAAAAAUGUCAGAACCGUUAAAAGUCGCACCGCAAGCCGAAAAAUCUGAGAAGCUAACUGCUACUGGAGAAAUUCUAGCCAAUGAAGAGGUACUAAAGGAUGAACCGAGUUCCGUUGACAGCUUAACACUGAGGAAUUCGGAUCUUCUUAUUAGUAACCCUAAGGAGACAAACCAGCAGAAUUACUUGGAAGACGGAACGAGCCUUCAAACAAGCAAGCAGAUGGAACGCACAACUGAGGGUGACCCAAAGCAAGCCAAAGUCGUAUCCACAGCAAGCAAUAUUAUUGAAGAAAAAUUAGCAGCUGACACUGAUACUCAUCAGCCUUCUUCAUCUGCGUUAUCUAACAGGAAGACUAUACCUGAGAAUGUAACUAGAACUGACGACAGUUUUUGUGCCAUCAUUGAAGAAGAGCCAAAAACACGACGAUCAUCUCGGCGUGUUGUAACACCUGUCGCACCUGCCUCGGCAAAAGCUAUCUCUGCAGUCAAGGCUACGCUUCUAGUUAAAGAUGAAAAAGUCGUUAGCGAAACACAUGCGGAGUCUGCCGACGUUGCACAAAAACAAACAACCACAUCCGCACCACAGCAAGGAGCUGUUAGCUCAAAAGCAAAAGCUAGCACAGAACAUAAAUUAGCCUCGACUGUUCUCAGCUCUACGCCCAUGGAAGCAGGGGAUUACACGACUCCGAAGACUUUAGUUCAACAAGAACAACCACAGGAUCCCACGGCAACCGUGCCGCCCGCAGCGGCUCGAAUCGAAGCGGAUAUAACGAAUUUGCUUCGUGUUGAUUUCGAAAAAACAGACAGAUCUACACUCGAAAGCCCCAAGGCCGAAACAGAAAAUCCCAUUACGCGGUCAUCACCCCCGCGUUCACAGUCUAGUAGCGUCAUGCCAUUAGUGGAACCCAUCACCCCAACUACUUCUAAAAGGAGGGCGGCAUCAAGUGGACGCACUCCAACUGCAGUUGAUAACGAAAAAGAUUUGAUGACAAGUGAUGACACGGGAUCGAGUAACCAUACCUCCUUAGAGCAAAACAAAAUUCUUCAAAAACCUUCCUCACUGCCUCUUUUGGACUCACCACUAAUCAGGCCAUCGAUUUCAAGCGGUCAUGCGCCGGCCCGAGCCCAAGUUAUCUUGCCUCGACGAAAAGCUUCCGCCCAUGUUGUACGGCCUAUUGGUGCACCAGUGGCAAGAAGCACCGUUCUAACACCCGUCACAAUACGGAGACCGCAGUCUACGGCACACCAGAAAGGCGCAAACAAAUAGAACAAAAAUUCUGUUUCUGCUUUACAUUAUAAACUCCUCGAUUAACAUGUUAAAGUGCCAAAGUCGUACGUGUUGCAUAAAUGGUCACAUUUCAAGGAAUUGGUGCAAGUGAAUGAGCGCUCAACCAACAAUGUAAUCUAUCUGAUCGCAUUUUAAAUUAGCUGAAGCACUGGACAGACAACAUUAUUAAAAUCGCAUAGGAAAACGGUUUGAAUUAAUAUUUAUAUAUCACAUUUGCGACAUGGCAAUCAGGCAGUAACUUAUAAGUAAACAUCGAUUCUAGCUGUUAAGAAUACUUAUAAUGAAUAACUCAGUUUUCUGCUGAUCAGUUCAAUUGUUAAAGGCUGGUCGAGGGAAGCACUUCCAUUAUUUUGAUUUGAUAGUGAUUCGAGUUCGACGCAAGUUUCCCUAAAAUAAAAUAAUUGGCACUGGAAGACCAGCUGUCUAAGGAGCUUAAAUAAAAAAAAUCCUCGCUGUCAUCCUAACAUUAUGAACAACAUUGCCCUAUCUGUAGUUGUUUAUGGUGUCUCUUUGUUGAUUAGUUGCCGCCUGAGACUAUAAUGUUGGAAGGCUAAGUCGUACGCUAAAACCCUCGUAACUUUCUUUCGCGUUACCGUGGUUAUGAUCGGAUGUAUUACAGUACAAUUUUAUACUGGGUGCUUGUUCGCAUUGGAGACGAAAAUCUAAAAUCUAGAUUACAGCAAACUGCAAAUGAAGCCAGAAUUUAGUUAGUUGUUGUGAAAAACAAUAAUUACAGUUUGACGAGGUACUAUUAUGGUCAGCCAUCUUGUUGCUGUCUAUAAUUAAUUGCGGAAAAAAGGAAGCCUCUCCUCCUGUUUUUUGCGACAGUGUAAUUAACAAGAUGCCGUUAUACAAAAGAGUUCGCUGGUUCAUGAGCAAGACAGAUUUUAUCUGCGAUCUCGACCAAAUGAGUUGACAUAGUUCCCGGUACUAAUUUUACUGGAUUACUUCGAUACAAUCGAAUUUGUAAGUCAUAUAAGGGACGACCAAAGCAGUGUAAUUGUUAAUCGCAUUGGCUGCACAGUGUGAUGUCAUGAUGAUGGUAGAACCGUGAGCGAAGAUUCGCAUAAUUGUUUUAACCGUAGUUAAGUCGUUGAUUUAAGUGUCUGGCUGUGUAUACUGCAAACAGUUUAAAGUUAGAUACGCGUUGCCUGCUGGUUGUAUAAAGCAUUGUUAAUACCAAGAUAUUAAGAAAAGACACAGUGAACGUGAGUCGGGCAAAAAGAAUACAUUUCAAACGGAGAAAUGCAUUAAUGAACGUACGCGAGUUAAGUGUAGUACGGUUGCAUGAUUUAACAAAGACAUCAUCGCAAUAUAUGUAUUUCUAUAAAUUUUUAUUACCAUUGUUAUUACCUCCAUUGCUAUUAUUAUAAGGUCCUCUGCAUUCUACAAAGCAAAAAAAACGCAAUAGCAUGGUCCGUAAAUACAUAUAGAAAGUGUAAAUACAAUGAGACAACCUGCGUCCAAUGAAAGUAAGCGUCUUUACUGGCGACUAUUGAGUUAAUGAUGUUAACGCAAAUUACAAAUCGAUUACUGUAAAUAUCAACACGAACCUAUAAUAAAAGCCAAUAUCAAGUACAAAUACAAAAAUAAAUAUAUGGACGUAAUUUAAUUUAA